AUGAACUUGCACACCAACAGCCUCUUGACCAGUCACACCACAACCCUGAAUGCUAAGGUAGACGAGGCGCACUUCAAGACGGAACAGGAUGAGGCGUCGAUCAGGAACGUCGUGGAGAGACUUCGUCCGCCAGGGGCGCAGGGCAACAACAUCGAGAAUGGACGUGUAGGCGAUGGUGCUGGCUCGGCUGGCGGAGACGCGGGUGCUCCCAUGUCUGCCGGAGGUUCAGCGGUUUCGGACGCCAGCGCGCCCAGCCUUUUCAGAGCCAUGCACGUGGCGUCGACACGUGCCCCGCAGACGGUGGCGGCCGCAGGAUACGGCCAGCACUCGGUGAGGCCGCCCGGGCUGCACGGCGACGGCGGCCCGCCAGGCCAAGGCAACGCGCUCGGCGACCUGUCGUUCACCUUGACCCCGGUCCCGAAGAACCGCGAGGCCUGGAGGGACGCCGAGGCACCGGACUGGAACCGACCAUCGGGUCCAGCGCGCGUGGCCAAGGGGGACACCGGCUACCUGACGACCCUGCGCGAGGGCAUGGGGUACUCUCCGCCUCUGGGCUUCGUGGACGGCACGGCCAGCGUGCCCUACGACGCGGAGGGACGUAUGCAGAUGGGUAGCUUCCAGAACCACCUUGACAGCUUCCAGCAGCGAUGCGGAACCGCCUCCGCGGACAGCACGUACUUCAACGGCGUCACGUCCUCGCAGACCCUCGGCACGGCGUCGAGGCAGCUGGCCAGCCCGCACGCCUCGCAGCAGGGCUUCCGGAAGGACAUGUCCUCGCCGGGGCUCGCAGCGGCGGCGGAGGCCUCCGAGGCGGACUUCGAGGCGCGCCUCCAGGACGACGACCCGCCGCUGCAGACCCUGCAGCGGCCCAAGCCCGCGGUGCCAGAGGCGGAGGAGCGCCUCGGGGCGGGCCCCGAGGCUCGAGGAAGGAUCGAGCCGAUGGAGGUCUGGGGACGGAUCGGCACGCCAGUGGCGGGUGCCAAGGGCGCCCUCGAGGGCGCGAGGUUAGUCGCGCUUCGCGGUUCGCGGUUCGUGUCCGGCGCUGAGUCCGUCGCGCUCUCGCGCUCCGCGCGGCGCGGCAAGCGCGAGGUUGGGGACGAGAAGAAGGCAGUGGACCAGGAGGAGCAGGACGACGACCAGAGGGAGCUGGAGUGA